AUGCCAAACAGUGGUGAUUGCGAUUUUUUAAACGCACCUGCCCACCCCCCGUGUAAUAAUCGUAUUAUCAGCGCCAGCCGUGACGGGGCGAACAUCCGCAACAUCGGCACUAGAAGUCGAGGCGUGCGUAACUGUGACCAAUUGAUUCAUACAGUAUACGUGAAGCACUUCCAAAUGGAGAGUUACCUGGGCAACAUAAAUUACAACAUGGAUUACCUCAAUCCAGUUUUAAACCACCCGACGAAAAUCGAACAUGGGAAGAUAAAGAUCCUCAUUUUGGAUGCACCCACCAAUGACCUACUCCCAUUAUAUAUAAAAGAAAUGAAAAAUUACAAUGUGACAGAUCUAGUGAGGACAUGUGAACGGACUUACAACGACGGGGAAAUAACCAGUGCGGGAAUAAAUGUCCACGAGCUAAUAUUCCCGGAUGGCGAUGCCCCCACGGUUGAUAUAGUAAGUAACUGGUUGACCAUUGUAAAUAAUGUUAUAAAGAACAACCGCGCAGUUGCAGUUCACUGUGUUGCAGGAUUGGGUAGAGCCCCCGUGUUAGCUUCUAUUGUGCUCAUCGAAUUCGGUAUGGAUCCGAUUGACGCAAUAGUUUUUAUACGGGACAGAAGGAAGGGCGCCAUUAACAAGAGGCAACUUCAGUUUCUGAAGGCGUACAAGAAGAAGAAGAAAAAAAAAAACUGCCUCAGCAAAUGUCACUUUAUGUGA